AUGGCCAGCACAAGUAACGACUCGUCCUCGCAAGGACUUGAUAUCAAGAAGAUCGCCGUGAUCGGCAGCGGCAGCAUGGGUGGUGGUAUGGCCCUUCUGUUCGCUGAGAAAGGCUGUCAUGUCUCACUCGAAGACCCUUCGGAGGAGGCCAUGGAUGGCAUCAUCAAACAAGCCAAAGAGGAAGGCUUCGGAGAUCGUAUCAGCAAACACAGCGACUACAAGUCACUGUGCGACUCUCUGGACUCGCCCAAGGUCUUUGUCUUCAGUUUGCCGCAUGGCAGUGUGGGAGAUGGCGUUCUUGGUGGCCUCAUGCCUUACCUUGAGAAGGGAGACAUCAUCAUUGAUUGUGGUAACGAGCACUGGAAAAACACGGAGAGAAGACAGGGCAAGUGUGUUGUCAGAGGUAUCAGGUACAUCGGCUGUGGUGUCUCUGGAGGCUAUCAAGCUGCACGUCGUGGCCCCUCAAUGUGCCCCGGAGCCGAUGAUGAGUCUCUCGACCUAGUGCUUCCCUUCCUGCGCAAGGUCGCAGCAAAGGAUCCCAAGGGAAGACCAUGUGUCGGAAAAGCCGGUACAGGAGGUGCUGGUCACUAUGUGAAGAUGAUCCACAACGGCAUCGAGCACGGCAUGAUGAGCGCUAUUUCGGAAGCAUGGGGCAUCAUGAGAACUGGCCUUGGUAUGUCGGAAGAUGAGAUUGGCGAUGUCUUCGAAAAGUGGAACAACGAAGGAGAAUUGCAAGGUACUUUCCUGGUGAAAAUUGGUGCCGAUAUCUGCCGUACCAAGGACCCUAAGAAUGGCGAACGUGUCCUGGAGACCGUGGAAGACAAGGUUGUGCAGGACGUUACUGGAGAGGAGGGUACUGGUAUCUGGUCCAACGAAGAGGCUGUUGGGGAGCACAUUCCUGCACCAACGCUGAGCUCAGCUCACUUCUUCCGUUUGGCUUCAGCUGACCGUGCCCAGCGUGAUCGCGCCCAGAAGACAUUCGGAGGAGAUUUCCCAGCACAGAAACUGGAUGUCAAGGACAAAGCCGAAUUCCUGGAAGACUUGCGCAGAGCCACAUACACAGCAUGCCUGGCAGCCUACGUGCAAGGCAUCAAUGUCAUCGACCACAAGAACAAGGAGGUCCAUUGGAACAUCAAUUUCUCAGAAGUUCUCCAGAUCUGGCGUGCUGGCUGCAUCAUCCAAGCCGACUACAUUGCUUCUCUGCUCGAGCCCAUCUUUGCUGAGUUCCGCGACAAGGACACCAUGAACUUGUUGUUCGAGAAGACCAUCGCCAACGAUCUCAAGAAGGGUCAACCGGCACUCAAGCGUGUUGUGCUCCAGGCAGUGUCUGGCGAUCAUGUGGUCCCUGCCAUCUCAUCCUCGCUUGACUACAUCAAGUACCAGACGGGCUUGGAGCUUCCAACACAAUUUUAUGAAGCUGAGCUUGAUUACUUCGGCAAGCACAUGUACGACAAGAAGGGUGAGGACCCCAAGGGUGCUCCCACCACUGGCAAGUACCACUUCGAAUGGAAGAGAGCUUAA